CGCUCAGUCGCUGAGGCAGGAGAUUAAAGACCAGAAGUGCAAAUAUAAAAAACUCCUGCAGUUUGUUUGAAGACGUGGUUGUUUUUGUUUUUUGUUCUGAAAAAGGAGGCAGAAUAGACUCUGACAGGGAGUUUGAUAAGUACAAACUGAGGAGGCUGAAGGAUCUCCACUCCAAAACCAUGCUGCUCCUGGACGAGUCAGAGUCCUUCACAGACCAGUCCCACAGCGCCCCCUUCAGCGCCAACAAUGAGGCUCAGGGAGGCGACCCGGCCGAGUGGCAGUGCAACCUCACCCUGUCGACCUCUCCCUCAGAGGAGACGCCGUCACACCAUCCCUCCCCACAGCCCACAUCCAGACCCAGCUCCAGGUCCAGCAGUGAAAGCUCCUCCCCCCCGUCCACCCUGAUGGGAGCCAAGAAGAGGAGCUCCAAGCCAGCACACAUGAGACGCAACAUCAGGAAGUUACUGAGGGAUUAUCAGUUGGAUGCAGUGACCAAAGCCGCCCAGCAGGAGGAGGUGGAGAGGAGGCGGCGUCUGGAGCAUCAAAGAAAACAGGAUUUCUCCACACCACUACUACCUGAAUACACAACUGCAGCCUCUCAGCAGUUGGUGACAUCAGCCAGACAGGAAGUGAUCUGCCUCAACUCGAGUAGCACCGGCAUAAGUGAGGACAACGCCAAAACAAAUGCACCCACUUCCACUAAGGCAAAGAGCGCACACAAAGCAGAUGUGAUCAAUCUGAGCUCAGAUGAUGAUGAUGAUAUCGUCCACAUCACCAAGGAGUCCACCAAUGAGGAAGAAGAGGGUGAAUCAUGUGGCCUUCACUCCAACGAUGCCCUGAACCAGCAGGAUGCCCAGGGCAGGGUCCUGGUCAACCUGAACCAUCCACCCACAGAAAGAGACAUUUUCUUGUCACCUCAACUGGCACGAGUCGCCAAACCCCAUCAGAUCGGUGGAAUACGCUUCCUCUACGACAACUUGUUGGAGUCGAUCGAGCGGUUCAGCAGCACCAGCGGCUUUGGCUGCAUCCUUGCCCACAGCAUGGGCCUGGGAAAAACACUGCAGGUCAUCUCCUUCAUCGACGUCCUCUUCAGAUACACCAAGGCUCACACUGUGCUCGCCAUCGUACCUGUGAACACUUUGCAGAACUGGCUGUCGGAGUUCAACACGUGGGUCCCACCUCCGGAGGCCUUACCUGGAGACACCAGCUUUGAUGUGAUCCCACGGACCUUUAAGGUUCACAUCCUCAACGAUGAACACAAGACUACAGCGAGCAGGACCACUGUGGUGGAGAACUGGACACGGGAUGGGGGGGUGCUACUGAUGGGCUACGAGAUGUACCGCCUCCUGUCCAUGAAGAAGAGCCUUGGAGCAGGAAGGAAGAAAAAGAACAAAAAGCCAGCUGGGCCUGUUGUUAUUGAUGUGGAUGAAGAUGACAGGCAACAGGAACUGCUCAAAGGUAUGGAGAAAGCCUUGGCUCGGCCUGGGCCAGAUGUAGUGAUUUGCGAUGAGGGCCAUCGCAUCAAGAACUGCCACGCCAGCACAUCGCAGACUCUGAAGAAUAUCCGAACCCGACGCCGUGUAGUCCUGACAGGCUACCCACUGCAGAACAACUUGAUCGAGUACUGGUGCAUGGUGGACUUUGUUCGACCUAACUUCUUAGGUACGCGGCAGGAGUUCAGUAACAUGUUUGAGCGGCCCAUUCUGAAUGGCCAGUGUGUGGACAGCACGCCUCAGGACAUCCAGCUGAUGAGGUUCAGGAGUCACGUCCUCCACAGCCUGUUGGAGGGAUUUGUGCAAAGACGAGGCCAUGAUGUUCUGAGGGACCAGCUGCCCCCGAAAAAGGAGCAUGUGAUCCUAAUGCGCCUGUCUCCCCUGCAGAGGGCGCUCUACAAAGAGUUCAUGAACCGCUUCAGAGAGGCUGGGAAUAGCGGCUGGCUUGCACUCAACCCGCUAAAGGCUUUCUGUGUAUGCUGCAAGAUUUGGAACCAUCCAGACAUUCUUCAUGAGACCUUACAGAAGGAAAACCUGGCUAAUGACCAGGAUAUGGACCUUGAUGAUGUCACUUCUACAGGAACUACCCGAUGUCCAACGGCAACAAAUCAGAAGGACAAGCCUUUAGAGAACCCAAACCCUAUUGGUGGACUUAGUCUCAGCCAGCUGCAGGAGAGGACCAAUCAGGUCAUCACUUACGACUGGGCCAAGGAGAUCAUGUGUGAAUACCAGACUGGGAUCCUGGAGAACUCAGCAAAGAUGGUUCUGCUGUUCCACCUGAUAGAGGAGAGCGUCCGAAAGGGAGACAAGAUCCUCGUGUUCAGUCAGAGUUUGUCGACACUGACAGUGAUUGAGGAUUUCUUGGGUAAGAGGGUGGUGCCACCCUCGCCCAGCUCAUCCAGUAGGGAUGGACUCAACCAGAACUGGGUCCGAAACCUCAACUACUACAGACUGGAUGGAAGUACAACGGCCUCGGAGAGAGAGCGGCUGAUUAAUCAGUUCAAUGACCCCUCCAACACCUCAACAUGGGUCUUCCUGCUCUCUACCAGGGCGGGGUGUCUGGGUGUGAACCUGAUUGGAGCGAACCGUGUGGUGGUGUUUGAUGCCUCCUGGAACCCGUGCCAUGAUGCACAGGCAGUGUGCCGCGUGUACCGCUACGGCCAGAGGAAGCCAUGUCACAUCUACCGGCUGGUGUGUGAUUUCACCUUGGAGAAGAAGAUCUAUGAUCGCCAGAUCUCCAAACAGGGCAUGUCAGACCGGGUGGUGGAUGACCUGAACCCUGCGCUGGCCUUCACAAGGAGGGAGGUGGAGUCUCUUCUACACUUUGUGGAGGAAGAGCCCAUCCCUUCUGAGGUUCAGCUGCAACCCCGUGACAGCAUGGAGAGUGUCCUCAGGAGAGCAUUGCGCCUCUGUCCUCACCUGAUUACCAAGCAACCAUUCCCCCACGAGUCGCUGCUGAUGGACCGACGAGAGCUGAAGCUGAGCAGCGCAGAGAAGAAAGCCGCUAAGAAGGGCUAUGAAGAAGAGAAGAGGGCAUCGAUGCCAUACACUCGGCCGUCUUAUGCCCACUACUACCCCGCUAGUGACCAGAGCCUCACCAGCAUACCCGCCUUCAGUGAGAGGAACUGGAGACCACCAGCUCGUACUGAGGAGAAACCAGUAGCCAGUGUGCGACCGGUCCAGUCAACUCCAGUUCCCAUGAUUCCUCGCCAGGUACCUGCUGGCUCCACUCAGAGCAGCGAUACAUCAGGGUCCAGCCUCGGGGGAUUUCCUCUUCACUGCCUGCAGAAGGCCGGAGUAUUCGUACAGAAAAUUGUGACUACUUCUGAUAUUGUGAUUCCAGGCACCAAAAGUUCAACAGAUGUCCAGACCAGGAUCACAGCUGGAGAGAGCAUCCACAUCAUCCGUGGCACCAAAGGGACAUACAUCAGAACGUCUGACGGGAGAAUCUUUGCCAUCAGAGCAGCUAACCGUGCUAAGACAGCAGAGGAGAGCACGACAGCGCCACCUGAAGACGCCCACACCUCGGUGUCAGCCAGUAACGGCUGUGUGAUACCUGACAGGAGGCAGCAGAUGGCCACAAAGACUUUGCCCCGCCCUCCUUCCUCUGACAACCCAGAGAUCUUUCGCGAGCCGAAGCAUGACACUGUCAGGCCCGGAGUUAACCCUGAGAGAGCAUCAGAGAGCAUCACCCCCGCCACUUUGAGCUUCAACAACCUGCCUUCAACCAAAGUGCUGGAAACCAAAGGCAGCGUCAGCAGUCUUGGCAGUGGAAACACGAGUACGGUUAGCACCCACCGCGACAUCACUGUGACAAACGUAGUUCAGCCCAACAUCGAUGCAACUUCUGCUCAAGACAUGCGAAUGGGCACCAAGCGAAGGGCCUUGUCGCCAUCAUUGGACAAGUGUCCCAGGAAGCAGGUCCCUCCUGAAAAACCCUCCUCUGCUGCCAGCUUCCCUUUUGCAGGCGGGUACAGCCUCCCUCAUCUGGGUCUCAACCCGGCGGUGCUGGGGUCUCCUGGUGGGUCCCUGGGAUACCCGUUCUUCAUGGGGGCAGGCUCGCCUUAUCUCCAGCCCCCCUACAACCAGCUGGGUGACCCCAACUUCAUGUAUCCUGAUCUUUAUGGCUUGAGUGGAGUUGGCACGGUUGCUGCUACCUCCUCCUCCCCGUCAGUCAUGACCGCGGCUCCUGUCGCCUCAUCUUCUUCGUUGACAUCAGCUAAUGCCGUCGGCUCCAUUCCAGGUGCCCUGCCACCUUUCUUGCUGAGCCCCGGCAGGGCGGGCAUGUCCGGGCUGCUCCCUCCAGGUUUCGUCCUCCCUUACAGUCAGUCAAUGGCUAACCUCUACACAGGAUCGCUGCUCCCUGGCGGGUUGCCGAGUCCAGCUGCCACUCCUGGCCCUGCUGGAGCCAGCUUCCUUUCUCAGUUCCCCCCAAACACUGAGUCCUGCUCCUCCUCAUCUUCCCCGUGCUCCUUCUCAUUGGCGCUGUCCGAGAGCCAGCGUUGUCCGCCAGCGGUGGUGGACGGUGGCAUGAUUAACAGUGCCAGCAGCUCGGAUGAUGAUAACGACGAUGAUGUGAUGGAGGUCAGCAGACAGUAAUGAAUGAACAAUGGAUGAUGUGCCGUUUGCCAAGCCAAGGGCCUGAAUAUUUUUUAAAAAAUGGCGGCAACAGUGAGCUUCUGUUGUAGUGAAAACUUUGGAGAAAAAAAGAGUGCUGAAGAUAAAAACCAGAGGACAAAAAAUAAUUAUGGGAUGAAGAAAGUGAAAAUCUGACAAACUCAAGUUUUUCUUAGAUUCUGUUUGAAUAUUGAUCACUGGACUUGCACUGCUAUGUGUGGGUCCACAGCGCCCUCACGUGGCCACUAAGUGAACAUGAAAGCUUCUAUGGCGUCACAAUUUGUUUUCCAGCUACUAAAAAAGGUGACUAGUAAAAUUUGGGUCUGGUCAGUAGCAGCAUUGUUUAAAAGUCUGUCACCUAAAGGGUUUUGUUGGCUACUUGUCAAAUAUUACUACUGAUUUUCAUUUUUACUUUAUUUUUUUCUCUUGAGAUGUUCAAGAUGGACAAAUUGAACUUUCAGAAAGUGUUUUGGUUGAACUGAAUAAUUCACUGCCAGGACAGGUGGGUUGUGUGUAUGUUUCAGUUCUUGCAGACACAAGAUCAUAGAAAAUCUACAAACACUAACUGAUGCAGCUGAUGCUCGUCGAGGGUGAGACUAACCACAAAUACUCAGACCUUAAACUCUGAUCAACGAAUGUACGCUUAAACAUAUGCCUUCAAACCAGGCCUUUUUUGAAGUACUCCUUCUCUUCAAACAUCAGACGUGACCAGAGCUUUUGUGUAUUUUCUAUUUAUUUCACAUUUUAUAGAUUGUUGCCUGAAACCAGACAGGUGAAAACGAAGACAAGCUGUGUUCUCGCUGAGGCGUCCGGUGCCUCGCCGUGGACAAACAACAGAAAAUGCCUUUUUUUUUUUUUUUCCUUUUGCCUCCACCUUUCUGAAUGUUAACUGUGAGAGAGGGGAGGCUAAAGAGAGGUGGCUGCUCACUGCAGCUCUCUGUAUCUCACCCGUAGUCUUACUGUAGCCUAGCGAUUAUUGAUGCAAAACUCACUCCAGCCUAUACAUGUCUGCACAAGCCCGGAGAAAUUAAGCUGCCACUUCUUCUUGUUCUUUUGUUUUUUUUUUCUUUUUGGUUUACGCUCGUGCCGUCACUGUUUGUUUUCUUGGUGAGGGAAUCUCACAAAAACUAUGUAUAAACUUGUGUGAGUCUAGUUGCUAACUUGUGCUGCCGACGACACAGGUUCCAUCUGCUGGGUUUUUUUUUUUUCGUUCACGCUUAUCGUUUCAAAGUUGAUGUGAAACCAAACUGAUUUAGAAACUUUUGCCAAAUUCCCAACAUCAGCAAGCACAUCGGCAACUUUUCGUUGAUAUGUGGGUUUUGUGUUGAAAGCAUUAAACCAGGGGUCACCAACCCUGCCUCCCGGCUCCACCCACCGCUAAUUCAGUAAGUCCGAUGUGUUCAGCCAAUAAGAAGCAAGGAAAUACAUGAUUAAUGAAUCACAUGUGGUUCCAGCAGGUACGCAUGGACAACAUGCAGGGCAGGAGGCACGUGGCCUCCAGGAGCAUGGUCGGUGACCCCUCCAUAGAAGAGGGCGGAGGUUACAUUUGUUUGAUUGUGUUCACUGAAAAUGUAAACAGAUUUGGAUGAAAUUUUGUGGAGAGAUGCUCCUUUGUCGAGGAAGGUAAGAGAUUCCUUUAUUUGUCCUGCUUGGGGAAAUGUGCAGUGAUAGUAGAAUCGUACAACAGCAGGGUGAAGACAGGUGUGCAAGCAAACGUAAACAUCAAGACCUGACAAAUCAAGCGAAAGAACUGAUCCAGAUCCCAGAAUAUCUUUGCUUAAAAAAAAAAACGACCUUAUGACAUCACAAAGAACGUUGUAAUAAUAAACUUUAAAAACAAAAGAAUUUAAAUCAAAUCAGUAUUAUAAUUAAU